AGCAGGAUGAAGGUGAAAGUGAUCUUCCCUGGCAAGAUCAAAGUGUGCUUCAGGAAAGGGCCUACUGGAUAUCUGAGACAAGAUCCCUCAGAUGAAGCCAAGAGGAUCAAAGACAACCCCAAUCUCCAGGACAAAUCAGCCCCUCAAAGGGAAGACAAGGUCAAGGAGAAUGCGCGCUCUGUUGUCUUCAUGAGAGGAGGAGAUGUGUCAGACAGAAAAGAGGUGCUGGGAGAGUAUGUGCUUCAGUUUGGAAAGUACAAAGGCAAGUCAUUCCGGUGGCUGCUAGAGAAUGAUGUAGGCUAUACCAUAUUCUUGACUAAGAAGGUUGAGGAGGAGGAGAGAGCCGGUCAGUUUAAACCAGAGGGUCCCAAGAAAGACAGCCUACUUUCAUUUCUUGAGUACAGUAGAAGCUUCCAGGAAAUCGAGGACCUCCUGAAGUAUUUAACUGGAAGAUCAGUAGCACCACCUGUGAGGAAUGAAGAUGACAACUUGGUAGGCUUUGGGAUUAAUGCAGAAAAGACUUGGAGGGAUGUUUGGGAGAGCAGAGCAGAUGGAUAUGCUGCAUUCAUCCUCCAGAAACAGUGUGUCCCAGGCAGCAAAAUGUAUCGGCUGCAGCAGUACCUCACUCAGAAAAAGAGCCAGCUUCAGAGUGUUUCAGCGAAACCUGCUUCCACUGGCCUUACACCAUCUGCCUCUCAUCCUCUAGAAAUGGAGGAUGAUGAAGAAUUGGAGAGAAUGAUGCUUUCUAUAUCCCCAUCCAAACUUCAAGGUCAACUAAAAGUGGAGGAAGGUGAAGAAUUGGGGAGGAUGAUGCUACCCACAAUUUCAUCUAAAAUUCCCAGACAACUGAGUCCUGACGAGAGUCACAAGAAUUAUCCGGAAGUGUUUACUGCAUGUGCAGUAACUCGUUCCAUGACCUCUGCACAGCCAAGGGAUGGCAUAUUGGUGAGAAAAUGGAUUCCUCAUGGUAGAGAUUUUGCUGGAGAUCCUGUCAUGCAGGUGGUAGUUCCAGAGAAGUAUCGUUCACUGGUUCUACAGAUCUCCCAUGAUAAACUUGCAGAGGGAGUGGCCGUCUAUCUGGACGAUGUAAUAGUUUUCAGUGAUUCAUGGGAGCAGCACUUGAAGCAUAUCAUAGCCCUGUUCUCUCGUUUUGAAGAGGCUGGCCUGACCGUCAAUCUGGCGAAGUGCGAGUUUGCCAAGGGGACGGUGACUUACUUGGGGCCCGUGGUUGCUGAGGAUAUUGGAGAGUAA